ACCUCAAGGAAACACAAGCAACGAAAACAACAAAUUUCUAAUAGCUAUAGAUAACGUUCAGCUAUGUUUUUGCCAAUGACUGGCCGUUUCAGAAGUAAAGCGCUACAACCCGAACUGUAAUCUAUGGAUGUCGUAUUUUAAGGGGGGCUUUUCGAUACGGUUUCUGAACUUCUCUGCAAGUUUACAGCAAGCCAAGCAGCAGCCACAUCAUAAGGUUUGUCAUUGCCCUUUUGAACUAACAGCAGCUAGCUAACGUUGGUUAGCAGACUUUACUCUGCGCAUCCAGCUGGAUCAAGACCGACAUGUCUUGUUGCCUGACGGAGUUUUGUCGCGUCCAAGAGCUCAAGACAGUCCACGAGUUCUUGUUUCACAACAAGAAAACCACUCCACCACCGGAGGAGAACCCCAAAACUCAAACAGCAGAGAAUGACCUGACCUGGGACGACUCUGACUGGGGUGCCUGGGACAACCCAGAAGCAACUGAAAAUGGACCCCCAGUGGAUGAUGACAGUGCCCAGUCCAUUGGCAUCCCCUGGCUGCAGGACUGCGUGCUGUCCCUCUCCCCCUGCUCCGACCUGCUGGUGGUGGCCCGAGAAACCAAAGCCGUCUUCCUCUCUGCGAGGUGGCGUACGGAUGAGGGGGGCCGAGAGGAGAUGAAUCUGGCCGUAUCCUGGAGUGGGACCCUCAGCACAGAGGAAGGAGAAUGUAUUAGCAGUGUGAUCUGCAUUCCUCUAGCCAGCCAGAAGAGGAGCUCCACUGGCAGACCUGACUGGACCUGCAUAGUAAUAGGUUUCACUUCUGGAUAUGUUCGCUUCUACACAGAGACUGGCGUGCUGCUCCUGGCUCAGCUGCUACAUGAGGACCCCGUGCUGAGACUCAAGUGUCGCACCUACGCAAUCCCUCGCCACCCCGGAGUCACCGACCAGCAUGAGGAGCUGAGUAUCCUGUACCCCGCCGCCCUGGUCACCAUCGAUGGCUUCAGCCUCUUCCAGUCCCUGCGAGCCUGCAGGAACCAGGUGGCCAGAGCUGCGGCGGCAGGUAGUGACGUGGUGCAGCCCCCUCCCCUGGCCUAUAAGAAGUGGGGCCUGCAGGACAUGGACACCAUCGUGGACCACAGCAGCGUGGGCAUCAUGACGUUGAAUGUGUUUGACCAGAUGAAGAAUGCCUCUAUCCUGGGGGGCUUCCAUGCCUCGGUGAAGGGCAGCCCCCCAGCCAUGAGCCAAUACAUCACCGUGGGGGGCGGGCCUUACACCGGUUUCUACUACGCUAUUGAGGGGAGUUCUCAGCCUCUUCUGUCGCACGUGGCCUUAGCUGUAGCCAGCAAACUCACGUCAGCACUCUUCAACGCUGCCAGUGGCUGGCUGGGCUGGAAGAAGCAGAGUGAGGAGGAGCCACCGCAGAAACAGAAGCCCAAAGUGGAGCCAGCCACCGCCCUCCCCGUCAGGUUUGGUCUCCCUGACUCCCGUCGGCAUGGGGAGAGCAUUUGCCUGUCGCCGUGCAACACGCUGGCUGGAGUCACAGAUGACUUUGGACGCGUCACACUUCUGGACGUCACCAGAGGCAUCGCCAUACGCAUGUGGAAAGGUUACCGUGAUGCCCAGCUGGGCUGGGUGCAGGUGUCGGAGGCGCGUGGUGAACGUGAGCUGUCGUCGCCCUCGAUGCCCCGCCGCCACGCCCAGUUCCUGGUCAUCUACGCCCCACGUAGGGGCAUCCUGGAGGUGUGGGGCACGCAGCACGGGCCGCGCGUCGGCGCCUUCAACGUGGGCAAGCACUGCAGGCUGCUGUACGGGGGCUACAGGCUGAUGGGCGUGAACAGCGUGACGUCUCAGGGCUGGCAGCUCCACACCCAGCAGGUCUGCUUAUUAGACCCCACCAGCGGAGUCCUGCGCACCGUCACCAUCCCCUUCCACCUGGCACUCAGUGACAAGAAGAGUGAGCGGGCCAAGGACAUGCACCUGCUGAAGAGGCUCGGCAGCCUGCUGAAGAGCAAAGACGUGGACCCUGAUCUGCUGGAGAGUGAGGCUCGAAGCAUGAUCCUGGACAUCAAACAUCCCGCCAUCAAAAAACAGGCUUUGGAAUCCCUGCUAGCCAAUAAGAACGCCCCAGUUUCCUGCCUGACCAAUGUCAUUCGAGCUCUGCUGGACAGCCUGAAAGGACUGGAUCCAGAAGCAGUGGAUGAGUCUCUCCUUCAGCUCUGCUCUUCUCAGCUCAAGCUCCUUGACCUCUACACACACAUCCAGCUCCUACACACAGAACCUAAUCAGGAGGAGUGUCCGACGUGUCCGGGCAUUGAGGAGGACCUGACUCGGGUGGGGCCGAUCCUGCAGCGCUACGGCGAGCUGACGUCCCGGCCUUCCGUCUCGUUCGCUGAGGAGAGCGGCCCGCUUCCCGUGCGCGACUUCCUGUCUCAGCUGGAGUGUGACGGCGAUGCUCUGAGAAUCGUCCACGGUGACAACUCACCACUGGGGAGUUUCCUGCUGUGGGGUUGUGUGACGGGUCAGAGUCCCAUUCAGAAAGUCUGUGACACGUUACAGGAGAGCCACAUCAGCCCACAGAAUCUGCUGACUCUGCUGCUGAGUGUGUGGCUGAGCAGGGAGAAGGAGGUGCUGAAACAGCCGGAUGCCGUCAAGAACCUGCACACACUGCUGACCAGGCUCAGCGCCAUGACAGGUGCGGUGGAUGAGUCGUGGGACGGGCAGUGUGUGUGUCCGUGGUGGCAGCAGGUUCGUGCGGUGUGCGUGCAGUCGGAGAGCUCUGGCGCCGCCCUCCUGGCCGCCCUGGUUGCGCACCGCGCUGCCAAGGCCUCCAUCACCAGCCUCGCAGAAACAAAGUUCCAGUCGGACUGGGAGGCUGUGUCUCUGGAGUUGGAGCAGUGGGUGGUGUGUGUGCGUCAGUUGGAGGAUGGCCUCGCUCUGCAGACGCUGCUCAGCCUGCCCUCCCCUCAGGGCUCACCAGGGGGCGCCACACCACGCUGCUCUGUCAAAACACUCAUGGAGAGCGGCAGAGGUGGUGUGGCUGACAGUGUGUCUAAGGUGUUGUUCAGGCAGGCGCUGGCUCCAGAGGCCCUACGGGACAUCCUGCAGAGGAGAGGGGAGAGCCACCACCCCCCGCAGCAGCAGCAGCAGCAGCAGCCUAAUGAGCUCACCGCACAGGACACCCCAGACAACAGCCAACAGCACAGGAUAGAAGAGCUGCUGCUGUGUGUGUGCCAGCGGUUCCCUGACUCUCUGUCUCCUGACCUGCUGUUUGCCCACUGCUGCUGGGAGUACAUGGUGCAGUGGAACAAGGACCCCGAGGUGGGUAAGAAUCUAGAAUGGUCCGUGGAGCAUCUCAAGAUGGUCUCCAGUCCUCACAUACAACUAGGUAUUGCCUUGAUGAUGUGGACCACGUUCCUAGUGAAGCGCUUCUCUGCAGCGGCCUUCCUCAUGGAGAAGGUUGGAAAAGCUCCUAAAGACAGAUUAUGCAGAAGAGAUGUUGGCAUGGGGGACAGUGCAUUGACUUCAUUCCUGGGCUCCUGUGUGCAGCUCCUCCAGAUUCUUAUGGAGGCGGACGCGCGUAUGGAGGAGGAGUCUGCUCCUCAGCUGUGCGUGGAGGAGGUGUGGGGUGGCGCGGAAGGCCCCGUGUCCCUGGCAGAGCUGGCUCUGGAGCAGCGCGGGGUGCACUACCCCAUGGUGCAGCACCAAUGCCUGCUGGCCUCCCUGCUGCACGCCGCCAUGACCUUCAGCCUCAAGGUCAAGCCCCUCAGCCUCUUUGACAGCAAGGGUAAGAAUGCCUUCUUCCGGGACCUGACGACCAUCCAGCUGAUGCCCAGUGGCGAUAUGGACCCAGGCCUGGUGGCCCUCAGGCAGGAGUUUCUGCUGCGGGUGCUGACUGGUUGGGUGAAGGCGCUGGGUGAAUCCCAGGCUGCAGCUGGUGGUGCUGCUACUAGUGGUGGUAGUGGUGGUGGUAGUGUGUCCCCGGAGGACGUGUGGCCUGACAUGUGCCUGGAGCUGGCCACACUGCUGCAGGUCAACCCAGACAUCCUGCGCAGACACCUGGUGUGUGAGCUCUACAACCAGGGCCUGGACCCCAGGGCGGAAGAGUUGAUGAUGGAGGUGGAGGAUAAGGAUGUGUUGGGUUCUCAGCUGCUGGUGCUGGCUGGCCAGAGGCUCUGCUUCUCCCUGCUGCACAACAGUGAACAGACCAAACCAGCCAUGGAGCUGCUCGCCCGCCUGCCCCCCACCCUCUGCACCUGGCUCAAGGCUAUGGACCCCAGUGAGCUGCGAUGCCCGCUGGUGCCGCUGAGCCAGAGCAGCCGUCUGGUGAGCCGCGUGAUCGAGUCGCUGCCGGAGAACCACGCCCAGUACAGCCUGGCCCUACACCUGCUGGAGGCCGUCGAGGUCCUGGGGGACGGGGAGGACUGAUGAUUGACCACAGACACAAAGGGACAGCCCUGGGGGACACCGCCGGACAGGAAACGACUGGACCUCUAAUUAAGGAAGAUGGGAGAAUGAGAAUGCAGAUGAGGAGCCCAGGACAUGAGAGAGGAGAUGACUAGACUUAUAAAGAGUUCACGCCCCCUCCAUGUGACCCAAGAUCAACAAAAAAACCCUCCAAAAAAACAAAAGUGAUGAAUUGUUUUUGGAUCUGGGGUCCCAUGGAGAGGGGCGUGGCCAUACAGGAAGAUGGGAGAAAGCAAUGGAGGAGACUUAAUCUGAUACAGAACCAUGUUACAUUCCAUUAUUCAAACUCCUGUCCUCCCUUGUACUUGUUGCCUUGUGAUGACAUCACAGGAUGUAUUUGAUAGAGGUUUAAUUCAAUAUCUCGCACAAGCGCAAUUCAAAGGUCAUUUUCCCGUCAUUGCAAUCAGGAUGUUGAAGGUCCUUCAAAAGUUGUUGUGCCUAGACUGACAGCAGGGAAACUUUAUUUUUCUCGUGACGGAGGCAAGUGCCAGCGAAGCGCUAGUCAACAAGCGCAUGUCGAGGACAGGAGAUAGGAUAAUGAAAUGUACUCCAUGUGGAGGAGACAACCAUACGUCUAAAAGAAAGAUUGGAGGACUCAUGGGAGAUAGAAUGGUUGAAAAAGCUAACUAGAGAGGUUAAUAGGAAACGGCUUACAAAAGCAGUAGAGAGCAGGGUAGGAGGAGACGGUUAAAAAUGCCAAGCCACAAGGGAUUGGGAGGAAAGACUGACUGGCAAAAGAGCAGCCGCAGGUGGAUGGACAGAUCAAAUGACUGGACGGAAAAUGAAAAGGUAUUGAAGAGGAACAAGGGACAUUAAAAACACACACACACACACACACACACACACACACACACACACACACACACACACACACAGUUGUUGCUCACUCCACCUCUUCAGAGGAUAUUUUACACUCUUUUCUCAUAAGGUCUCGUUCACUAGCUCACUCAAACGGCACAGCACAGCAGAGCCGACUCAGCUUCUAAUGCCAGCAUUGAAGACUUUAAUGUGCUUUAGCAGUCACUUCUUGUUUUACAUUGUGCUAACUUUAGCAAACUAAAACAAAAGAUUAACCAUUUUGUCAUAUACUUUUAUUGUUUUUUUUCUUGUGUCGUCUGUUUUGUUUUUCUACGCUAGUAUUAAUUCUAUUUUUGUUCCCAUGCUUUCUUGGCUAAUCCAGCCUAUGUGCAUCUGUCUAUACCUUAUUUUCUUAAAAACAGAGAGAUAUAUGCUUGUUUGUGCCAUGACAAUUCCUGCACUCCUUCAUCAAAAGGAGGGGUGGUGAUAAUGUAAGAUAAGACAAACAAAGAAGUAACAUUGGUAUGAAUCAGUGAAUGGAUGACUUGAGAUGUCUUCUUUUUUCUUGUAUUUAUGCAGCUCACCUUAUGGCUGAAUAAAGACUAGAGGUGUAUCCAGCA